UUCGCAUGAAAAUCUGUCUCCAAUUGAAUGGAAACCUCGCUACCUUUCAAACAUGUUUUUUUGCCGCGCACUUUACAUGGUUGUAGGUUGCAACACGAGUCACAUCGUUUGACUCCAGACAUAAAACCUGUGCUGUGGGUUCCUUCCCUCGUUCUAACGAUAACCGCUACGGGAGAAGAAUCUUCUUCAUUUAACGAAGGUGUUGGCAGGUUGCAGUUGUAACCUGCUAUACCAGACUCGCAAUAACCUCUCCGGGGUGUACUGGCUGAACAUGUGUGGAUGCCGCGCGAACUCACACACACACAGUGCAGACAGUGGGAGAAUGCUGUUGCAAUAAGGCUUGGUGGAACUUGUAUUGCACUUCACAGCAAAACAAUAAACACAUUAAUCUGAAGAGACACCUGUCUGAUGGAAUUUCACUGAAGAGGUCGCAAACUGGACUGUCUAAUUUGGAAAAAGAAAGACAACAAUACAUACAGUAUUUUGGGAUGAAUAUAAAUAAAAUAAUAAACAUCCUCUGAAAUUGUCUUUCUGAACAUAAAAAAGUGCUUUAGUUUGUAAAGGCAACCCUGCCGAUCAGAACAGAGAAGUAGAGACUCGUGUCGUUCUAAAAAACUUAAUCUAAGUGGUUUGGUGCACAUUUCUUCUUAUUUCAUAUCAACCACCACGUCGUGUCUCAUUGGAGAGAUCGCAGUGAAAUAACGGACUCCUUAACGGACGCGAUCACAUCAGAUGAAUCCUUUUCAAAGAGAAGGACUAGGCUAUCACUGAGCUCACAUCAACCCACAAUAAUGCCUACAGAAACACAAGCAAGUGGCUGUACAUGUCAAACUACGUUUGGAUUGUCAGGAAUUCGCAGCUCUCGUCCCGUUGAGCAACAUCAGUAGCUGUCACCUCCCUCUCUUCUCCCUCCCUCCCUCCCUCCAUCCAUCCCUCUCUCCUCUCCUCUCAAGCCACUCCCACUGACCCCCUGACACCUCCCUCUCUUCUCCCUCCCUCCCUCUCUCUUUCCGUGAGGUUCUGUUAAGCCACUCCCACUGACCCCCUGACCCCUUCUUGCCAUGGAAAGCCUGAGCGAGCUCCAGAACCCGCUCUUGGACAAGAACAGUAAGCACGUCGUCAACGGUUACGGGGGCGACUUCCCUAACGACCAGUACCAGGAGAAUAUUAUCAACUACUUCGUAACCGGCAGCGACGGAGGAGGAGGUGGUGGAGGAGGGGACACUAGCAACGGUGCGGUGGCCCACGUGGGACAAAACAACAGCAACGGCAAAAUGAAAGCUCACCAACUCCUGGACGCCACCUCCCUCCAUCUGGCCGUUGAGGCCUUCUACAGGCCUAACUUCAUCCUGUACAAGGAGGAAGGGGGAGGAGGAGGCGGAGUCAAGGCCAAGGAUUAUAAGAGCGAGUGCUGCGAGACUACCUUCACAGAGAAGAAAGAGAAGGAGAGGGAGGCGUCUGUAGCAGUGGAGACCCCUGGCAGCACAGAGGACCCUCAGGCCAAGCUGCUGGAGGACGGAGACAACGUUAAGAUACAGACUGUCUCCUACGAGGUGGAGGAGGAGGAGUAUGUAGAGUAUGAGACGGACUGCUCCAGCGACAGCGAGAGUGAAGAUAACUUCAUAGUGAUCCCACCCAGAGACCAUCUGGGUCUGGCCAUCUUCUCCAUGUUAUGCUGCUUCUGGCCCCUGGGCAUCGCUGCUUUCUACUUCUCCCAGGGGACCAGUAAGGCGGUGACGAAGGGUGACUUCCCACUGGCGAGCAUCGCGUCCCGGAGGGCACUGUUCCUAGCAGCCCUUUCCAUCACCAUCGGGACAGGGGUCUACGUUGGGGUGGUGGUGGCCCUCAUCGCCUACCUCUCCAAGCCUGGACACGUAUAGCAGCGCCUGACCUCCCGGACCAGACCAGCUAGGAACUGUCUCUUCCUGGAAUGGAACACUGCCACUGGCAUGGAAACUUUUUGGGGACAUAUUCCUCCUUCUCCCUCCAUCCCUCCAUCCCUCCGUUCUUCUCCUGGACAACCAGAGGAACCACAGAAGAGGAAAGGAAGGAUGAACCAUCUGAAUGAACUCGGCUAAUGCCAUGUUAAAACUACCCCUCUUCGUGAACAUAACAGCGCUCCUGACAAUGGAAACAGUUUUUGGGGCAUGUUCCUCUGUCAUCCAUAAAUCUGUCUAUCCUCCCCCUUUAGCUUCCCUACGGGUGGUCCCCGUCAGCAAAGAUUAGAUGAACAGACUGAGGAGAGCAAGGCAGGAAGGGAGGAGGAGAGCAAGGCAGGAAGGGAGGAGGAGGAGGAGAGCAAGGCAGGAAGGGAGGAGGAGGAGGAGAGCAAGGCAGGAAGGGAGGAGGAGGAGAGCAAGGCGAAACCAGUACAGACUGAAAACAGACAUAUUUCUCUGGGAAAAGAUACCCGAGUGAAGUUGAGGAGAAUUGAGUUCUGCCGUUCCGCUGUUCUGCUCCGUUGUCUUCACCCCCCUGUAGGGUGUUUGAACUCUGCUGUGUUCCUACAACAUUCUACAAAACCAUUACAGAGACAGAGACAGACAGGGGAGGGGACAGACAUGGAAAAACAUGGAUGCCAAUUACUGAGACUUUAGGGAAUUGAGGAACUUCGAGGGGGCCCCAGUGUCUGGAGGACUCUGGAAAAUACAAGCCGAAACACUAAAAACCUUGAGUUCUCUGUGUCAUCUGAACUUCUAAACAGGGGUUUGAAAAUGUUGUCUCUUUGGAUCCCCUGCUACUGACUGACUAUCACUUUUUUUUAAAUAUACCAUCAAAUGCUUCUUCAUUUGGCCUGGGUCAAAGGCCUAACGCUGGUUGGUUCUCCGUCAACAUGAAGACCCUCGUCUGAGAUCCUUUGAUGAGAGAGAGAGAGAGAGAGACACAGAGAAAGAAACAGAGAGAGAGAGAGACAGAGAGAGAGAGUCAGUCAGUGUGAGAGAGAG